AUGGAAUUUCACAAAUUAAAUGAUCUUGAACGAUCAUCGAUACUUGUUCAAUAUAUCAGCACUGAAGCAAUAGAAUUUUAUCCAACAGCUGAUGGUACCGAUCUCGUUCAAGAUAUUUUACGUCGACAACUACCUAGAAAUGAAGAUAAUAUUUAUGGUGCAGACGGAUCAGCAUCAGUCGAAAAUGAUGAAUUUUUUAAUUUUUACCCAGUUGAUUCAAAACAACGUUCAAUUCAUUUACCUGUUGAACAUUUGGCUUAUUGCGGCGCUUUGAGACGUAUGAAACGAGAUGACGGUGGUGAUCGUGAAAAUAGUAGAGAUAAUUUAGUUCAACGUGAAUUUGAGAACGUUGAUCUGGCUAAUCGUUACCCAUAUUUGAUUACUGGUCCACCAAUAUUUGUGGCCAUAUUUCAUGGAUUUGAUAAUGCAUUAUGUUAUACAUUUUUAACACAAAGUGCUGAUGAUGCUCGUUUACUUGUAAUGAAAUUAAUGAGAGCAUUUCAUUCGUUCGAAAACCGUUUACAACAACGAAUGUUUGCUUCACAAGGACAACAGCAAACAGGCCUUGAUCAUCAUCUUCAUCCUUCAUCUCGAAAUGUUUCACCUUUUCAGGACAGAUCAUUUGCUGGUGAUCCUAGACAACAAAAUCAACAGCGACAAUUUUUUUCAUCGUCACCAAUCAAUACAGGUGGGGCGAAUAAUUUUCAAUCAAUCCCUCACUAUGGUGGUCAACAGUAUAACACGGAUAACGAUGCAUUAAUACAACGAUUAUUACAAAAUCCAAAUGUACAAGUAAUUAAUUCACCAUUUACGUCAAAUCGAAUCGAUGAUAUACCUGUAUUGUCACCUCCAACAACAAGCAUGUCACCAACACCAGGUCUUAUCGACCAACUCACGGGUUUGAAUAUAAAUCCGGGUACUGGUGGUACGAGGACUGGUAGCGAUACGCAUUUGGUCGAUUCAUCAUCAGUAACACCAGGAGUAAGUUACCCAAUUCAAAAAAAUGAAUUUCCGCCAGAUGUUUCACUUUCUGGCACACCACAAGUUAUUUACAGACCAAAUAACCAAGAAGUUGUCUAUAAACAAAAUAUUAUGGUUCGCUGGCUUCAACCACCUACACCACCGCCUCCAGCGCCGAUAAUUAUUCGAGAGGUACAAUCAGCUCCUGAGCAACAACCACCAAUUAUCUGCCGACAAGUACCUCAAUCUCCACCAACUCCACCACCCAUUGUCGUUCGCGAAAGACCGCCAAUGUGUCCACCAAUGUGUCAGCCUUUAAUUAUUGAAAAGCGACUUCCUCCUGUGAAUAUGCCUAGACAAGUGAUAAUCGAAAGAUUUCCUCCUCCACCUCCCAAACCACCAGCAAUCAUCUAUGAAAAAUAUCUUCCGCAACAACCGCAACGACGGCCCGUUAUUGUACAACGUGAGCGAUGUGUUGAGCAUCCUGCUAGACGACGUGUUAUUCGCUCAGUACCACAACAUCAAAUGGCCAAUAUUUGUAUUCCCCAAACAACGAUGACAACAGCUGUUCAGCAACAGCAACAAAACGUUAGCUAUGUUCAUCCACAAUCACAAGUUUUACAACAAUUUGUACCCGUUUAUGCUGCACAACAGAUAAAAAAUGAGGGUGUGUAUGCCCCUGAAUUCUCUUUCAUUUCACUUCGUCAAGUUAAACAACUUAAUGAUGAUUUCACCCUUAUUUAUCAGCGUGUUAUACAACCGAAAGGUGUUCGUGUUAUUCGCCAAGUAAUCGGUCCUACUCAACAACAACAAUCACAAUUUAUCAAUGCACCACAAGUAAUUCAAGGUUUUCCCGCUGCUACAUCAAAUUAUAUGCAGGCAGGAGCAGAGAACACUAUUAGUUAUGUUCAACCAUCAAUAAAUCAGAUAGCUGCUACUCAACAAUACGUUGGACAGCCUCAAUUUACCUAUGUGACAUCUUAA